CGCUAAGAGCGCGGCGCAGGGCCGGGCGGGUGCACCGCGGCAAGAAGCACCUCGCUUGGCUUCUCUUGGGCUCCGGGCGGCCGGGGAUCCUCCUUCGCCCCCGAGGCGAGAUGCUCACUGCAGAUUUUUAAAAAAGCCUCAUGGGACUCACGAUCACUGGAUGCCUAGUAUAUUUAAGAAACUUGAUCACAUGAGGUACGCUCUAAGUGGUCACAAGACGUUACCUGGAAUCAAGACUAAAUGAGCCAGACUUGCCUUCAUCCUAACUGUACUGUCCUCCAUUUCAAAAUGUCUUUGAACCUAUGAUAAAUGCAAAGUGACAGCUCUCAGGUCCACGAACAAGAGAAGACCGGUGGUGUCCAAAGCCUAGGAGACCGCCCUUUACGAGGCACAGGCCCCGACCAUUGUUGGCAAUGCUGAGGAGGUUGCUACGGAGGAGACUGUUUCCUUAUCCCACUAAAUGCUACUUCGUGGUUGUCAUUUUUUCCCUAGUCGCCUUCUCUGUUUUAAUAAUUCAUCAGAAGACCGAAUUUGUAAGCAUCGGUCACUUGGAACUGAUCGAAGAGAAUCCUAGUAGUGAUGUUAAUUGUACCAAAGUUUUACAGGGUGACGUAGAUGAAAUCCGAAAGGUAAAGCUCAAGAUGCUAACAGUAAAAUUCAGAAACCGUCCUCGGUGGACAACCUACGACUAUAUAAACAUGACCAGUGAUUGUAGGUCUUUCAUCAAGAGGCGCAAAUAUAUCGUAGAACCCCUUAGCAAAGAAGAGGUGGAGUUUCCAAUUGCAUAUUCUAUAGUAGUUCACCACAAAAUUGAAAUGCUCGACAGGCUCCUGAGGGCCAUCUACAUGCCUCAGAAUUUCUAUUGCAUUCACGUGGACAAAAAAUCUGAGGAUUCCUUUUUAGAUGCAGUGAUGGGCAUCGCGUCCUGCUUCAGUAACGUCUUCGUGGCCAGCCAGCUGGAGCGUGUGGUCUAUGCUUCAUGGAGCCGUGUCCAGGCAGACCUCAACUGCAUGAAGGACCUCUACAGAAUGAGUGCAGACUGGAAGUACUUGAUAAAUCUUUGUGGUAUGGAUUUUCCUAUUAAAACCAACCUGGAAAUUGUCAGGCAGCUCAAGUCAUUAAUGGGUGAAAACAGCCUCGAAACUGAGAAAAUGCCAGCCCACAAAGCAGAAAGGUGGAAAAAGCGUUACGAAGUCAUUAAUGGGAAGCUAACAAACACGGGGGCAGACAAAGUGCCUCCUCCUCUUGAAACACCUGUGUUUUCAGGCAGUGCCUAUUUUGUGGUCAGUCGGAAAUACGUGGGUUACGUGCUAGAGAAUGAAAAAAUCCAAAACUUUAUAGAGUGGGCAAAAGACACCUACAGCCCUGAUGAAUAUCUCUGGGCCACCAUUCAAAGGAUCGCUGAAGUCCCUGGCGCAUUCUCCUCAAGCCAUAAGUACGACAUGUCUGACAUGCAGGCGGUGGCAAGAUUUGUCAAAUGGUACUACUAUGAAGGCGAUGUUUCCAAGGGCGCCCCCUACCCGCCCUGCAGUGGUGUCCACGUGCGCUCCGUCUGCGUUUUCGGGGCCGGGGACUUGAACUGGAUGCUGCACAAGCACCACUUGUUUGCCAACAAGUUUGACAUGGAUGUCGACCCCUUUGCCAUCCAGUGUUUGGAUGAGCACCUGAGGCAUAAAGCUCUGGAGCCCGUAAAACACUUACAGUGGUGAAGAUGGGCUGGGCUCUUUGAAGUACGUGCCGAUGCAAAGCAGAUGUUCCGUUUCAGCAAGAGGACUUGAAAAUAUUCAUUCUCUUCAGUAGCAUCCAGGCGAACAACCUACCCUGGGAGUAUCUUGGAUGAGCCAUGUUGGCGCAGGAGGAGGAUCUUGUUUAACUAGAGAGCUUUGUGCAUUUUAUUUGAAGCCUCAACUACUAGGUAGCAGAAACUGUGCUUUCUUAAAAAGGUUAGCUAAGAAGCACAAACUUAUGCUUUCUUAAAAUAAAAAUUAAAAAAGCUUUUUUUAAAGUUUAUUUCUGCAGUACAUGGAUACCACUAAUCACUGGCUUAAACUUACGGUGAACUUAUAAUUUACUUUGUCAUUAGACUCAGUGAACGUCAUGGCCUGGUUAGAAUUUCCUCAUUUAACUUGAUUCAAAGGAGAAAUGUUUGGGGAGUGUUAAAAAAUAAAGCUCAACAAAAUUUGAACAUAAGCUUUAUUCUGAGCAGUUAUUCUGUGUGCAUAUAGGGAGACCAUUUUGAUUCCAGAAAAAGCAAAUGGCUCUAAGAAGUUAGGUACAAUGAGGCUUAUAAAGAAAAGAGGAGGGAGAAAUAUAGAAGAUUAGCCACUGGCUAAUCUAUAGAGGCCUGGUGGUGCAGUGGUUAAGUGUUCAGCUGCUAACCAAAAAGGUUGGCAGUUUGAAUCCACCAACUGCUCCUCGGAAACCCUACUGGGCAGUUCUACUCUGUCCUAUAGAGUCGCUGUCAGUCGGAAUCAGCUCCAUGGUAACGGUUUUGGUGUCUCUUUUUUUCAGUUUAAUCUUAACAUGAUUGAUUGAACCCUGCCCUUUUAUUGAAAUCAACUGGUAUUAGAUUACAAGAUAGUCUCUUGACCCUCCACCCAGCCAUAUCUUUUGAAAUUCAAAUGAAGCCCGCUUUGAAUAGGAAAGAAAUGAUCUGCAACUUCGGGUGAGAGAAAAACCACUGGCAGGAUUUAUUUUGGUCAGGAAUUUCUUUAAAGUGAAUAUUUGGUUUCAUGAGUAAGAAAACCCCAAAAUCAAAGCAAGAUAUCUGCUAUCAAUUUUUCUCUUUGAUGGGAGGAAGCUUUUCUUGCCCCUCCACCUUAGAGAAGAAUACCCUUCAAAUACGUUCCUUAAAGCUCCUUGAGUAAUGAAGACAGUCACUAACAGUUGUUGAGCAUUUACUGCUUAGCAGGCCCUAUUCUAAGCACUCUAUGUGUAUUAUCUCCUCUUACACCUCAACAGGAAGCCCUGGUGGUGUAGUGGUUAAGAGCUACAGCUGCUAACCAAAAAGUCAGCGAUUCGAAUCCACCAGCUUCUCUUUGGAAACGCUAUAGGGCAGUUCUACUCUGUCCUAUAGGGUCGCUAGGAGUCAAAAUCGAUUCUAUGGCAACAGGUUUACCCCUCAACAGCUUCAGGACCGUGAAGAACUGUCAAAAGAAAAGAUCUGAUCAGUAAGUCAAUUAGAGUUAAAAGGUUUUAUUGGACCGAGCAAAGAACUGUUGGGCAAACCGGGAGCACCCCUCUGAAGAGAUGAGCUCGGCAUGUUACAAUUUUGAUUAGCUUAUUAUAUAUGGUACAAACUGCUAGGGAAUUUCCUAAAGGGGAAAUCUAAAAUGAUUGGUUUAUCAUUCACUUACUCUGCAGGAGGCGGCUUGGAUUGGUUUAUUAAGUGUGCAUGUCUGCAUUCUAGACUAGCUAUGGCUUAUCUUAUUAUUUAAACUUUUUCCAGAACUGUGUUUAUCUUGAGUUUUUCAUUUCUGUAAGGGGUUAAGAGUUAAGUUUAAA